AUGUCAAGUCGAAUAUCAUUGAAGGGUUCAACCAGGACUGUAACUGAAUUCUUUGAAUAUGGAAUAAAUUCUAUUUUAUAUCAACGGGCAGUGUAUCCGCCAGAGGACUUUACUACUGUAAAGAAAUAUGAUUUAAACUUAUUUAAGACUAUUGAUGAUGAAUUGAAAGAUUACAUACGCAAGAUCUUACUUCAAGUACAUCGUUGGUUAUUAGGGGGCAAAUGUAGCCAGUUGGUGCUUGUUAUAAUUGAUAAACAUGAAGGAGAAGUUGUGGAAAGAUGGGAGUUCAAUGUACAACAGACAGAUAAUGAGAACAGCGAUGAAAAUACCGAGUCAGUUAAGUUAGAAGAAACCCAAAGACAAAUUCGAGCGUUGAUGAGACAAAUUACAGCCAGCGUUACAUUCUUACCUGAAAUAACUAAUGAGGGAAACUACACGUUUAAUGUUCUGGCUUAUACAGAUGCCAAUGCCACCGUACCAAUGGAAUGGGCCGAUUCAGAUGCCAAAGAAGUUCUUAAUGGGGAGGUAGUACAGUUUCGAGACUUUAGAACAAGUGCACAUAAAUUGCAAGCACAAGUUAGUUAUAAAUAUAAUGGCUAA